UCGAAGAGGGAAAACUUAUGCGGGAAUAUCAGCAAGAAGUAUCUCAUUCCAAGAUAAGACAUUUAUGAAAACUGAAAAGCUCUCUUGGCUCUUGCUAGUAGCAGAGAAAACCCUAGAAAACUUGAAUUCAACUUUCUAAUGUUCAAUUGCACAAACCCUAAAAAAUGUCAACCUCAAUCAUUCCAACAACAGCAAAAUCCUCAUCAUCAUUACCAACAAUCUGCAACAAAAAUGUCUUCUUUAACAACUCAUUUCAUAUUAGAAACUUCAACAAAUUAUCCACAAAAUUCCGUGUAAUUUCAAUGGCAGCAGCUCGUCAGGAUGUACAUCAAAGGAGGACACAACUGAAUAAGAAUUUACUCAAAGCAAAAGAUUCAGUAAAAGAACUUAAUCAAUCAUCUCUAUCCCCGGUUCUGGAUAAUAAUGUUAUUCCCCAGUUGUUGCAAAAUCAAGCUGUGGGUAUGGUUGCAUCAGCCCAAGCUAAUUUCAUGAGAGUAGUGGUUCAGUCAAUUAAGGAAGUUAAAGAAGAGGAGGAAGGUAAAAUUGGGGUGGAAUUAUUAUGUGUUGUGAAAGCGGUUCUGAAGAAAAUUAAGAGAAGGGUUUUAGUAGGUGAUAAGGUUUUAGUUGGAGGUAUUGAUUGGAAUGAUAAAAGAGGAAUGAUUGAGAAUGUUUAUCAAAGGGAUUCAGAGAUUAUGGACCCGCCUGUUGCUAAUGUUGAUCAUUUAUUGGUUUUGUUUUCCUUAGAACAACCUAAGAUUGAAGCAUUUGCACUUACUAGGUUCUUGAUUGAAGCUGAAUCUACUGGAAUUCCUCUUACUUUAGCUUUAAACAAGUGUGAACUUGUGGACGAAAAGACACGGUUAGAAUGGGAAUCAAGGCUUCGUGGAUGGGGAUAUGAACCAGUCUUUUGCAGUGUGGAUACCAGAAAUGGAUUGGACUCCCUGUAUUUCAUCUUGAGAGACCAAACAACUGUGCUUGUAGGUCCAAGUGGUGUUGGAAAGUCUAGCCUUAUUAAUGUGUUGAGAAGCAGUCAACAAGUUUCUGAUAUUUCAGAAGGAGAUAACCAGUCUGUAAAUAUUGAAGGUAGCAAGUGGUUGGAAGAUCAACGAGUUGGUGUGGUUUCAGUUAAAAGUGGUAGAGGAAAGCAUACAACACGACACGUUUCAUUACUUCCAAUAUCCGGGGGUGGAUAUCUUGCUGAUACACCAGGGUUCAGUCAGCCUACACUGCUGAAAGCAACAAAAGUAUCGCUUCCGCAAUUAUUCCCCGAGAUUAGAAAGAUGAUUGAGGAUAGUGGCCCUACAACAUGCUCAUUCAAUGACUGUCUGCAUGUCGGUGAGCCGGGAUGUGUGGUGACAGCAGACUGGGAAAGAUAUCCCUACUAUCUUCAAUUGCUUGAUGAAAUAAAAACUAGAGAAGAGUUCCAGAAAAGAACAAUAGGAACCAAAAGAGAAAGCGAUGUAAGGUACAAAGUGGGGGAGAUGGGUGUUAUACAAGUGGAACCUCGCCUUCAGCUCAAAAAGCAUAGGAGGCAAUCCCGGAAGCGGACAAAUCAAUCAUUCCUAAAUGAAUUGGAUGACGAUGAUCACUGAACAUUUGAAGGGUGUUGAGGAAAGUAUCCAAGUAAGCUGAUAUGAACGCAAGUAGUUAGUCUAGAGAACUAUUUGGUACACCCAUGUUGUUUUACAUAGAUACGUAGAAUGUAAAUAACGAGCUGUCUUCACAUGUUGAUAAAAUCUAACGGUUUGAGACAUUCACUCCCAAGUCUCAUAGCAGGCUGAUGUAUCUGGAUUGUAAACAAAAUGUCUUAACAAGAGAAACUAUAUGGGAGCGUUGGUGUUACCAUACAA